AAGAAACUGUCAAUCAAAUGACAUUUCAACAUGGCGGCCGUAGUUCCCAUUUUCUCUAUUUCACAGAUAACUUGGUACUACUGUACGUUCAUAUUUAUUUUGUGGAGUGUCAGUCUCCAACACGUGUUGUUGUGGGUUUUUGUCCCAAGUGUAGGAGAUAUCAUGCUAAGUGUUCGGUGUAGUAACAGGUACUCAGUAUCAAAUCAAGUGCACGGCUGAUUCAGAAUACCACUUGACAGCUGCAAUAAGUAGGCUGCAGCACCGAGCCCGGCACAUUGCCCACUGCGACGCCAACAUGUACAAACUAUUGUUGCUGACUUGUGUGCUAGCCAGCUGUCUCGCUGGACACCACGGUGUUCCAUCUUGGAUACGCGACGUGUCGCGGCCGUGGCGGCCGGGGCGUGGCUGCGCAGACCGCCGCGCUGGGUGGGAGGCGUGUGCUCACGUCAACAUGACGGUGUCGCUGGCGCCGCACCCUCGCGAUUGCCGCCUCUUCUACUACUGCAGCAGCUUGGGCAUCGGCAUCCCGCUGGCGUGUCGGCGCUGCCCUGCCGGACUGCUCUUCAACCCGGAGCUGCUAGUCUGCGACUGGCCCAACAACGUCAACUGCACGACAGGUCCUCCUCGACCGCGGCCCACACUCCCGCCCACUGACACCACAACACUACCUACCGAUGCUACUGAUACCGGGACUUCAUAUACUCCCACGGCUAGUGCAACUGUUGCUGAUUCUUCCGAAGGGUCUACUGCAUCAGCUCAGGAAACGUCUACUCCAUAUUAAAUAAUGUAAAGUAAAAUAAAUUUUCAUUCCUCAUUAAGCCAAAAGUUCUCACUAU